CGGUAGCUUACCUUGUACUCUUAACCAGACGCUAAAGAAAAAGACGGAGAAGAAGAAAGUAUACCAUUAGUUAGCAUAAACAGUUAGCAUAGCUGUGUGGUGAUAUCUUGAAAAGAUCUAGCAACCCAACAAGACACAUUCAUCAAGGAACAUUAUAUACUUGCGACCGCAACAAACCCCACUUUAGGUGUUUUUUUGAAGGUCCCUCUUCAUCUUGUACAGUGAUACUGUAUAACUACUGGCAGUCUGGUGACCCAAGAAAAUAAUGUGCUGCAGCUGAAGAUGGGGGGUAGCGGCUCCAAAUCCAAAGGAUUUUGGCCUUUUUCAGGCUCGGUUGGUGCAGACGAUCCAAUCCAAGAUGGAAACGAGCAGUCAAUGGCAAGAGCUCGGAGUUUCACAGGCGCAACACCUUUUGUGUUAACUAGACGAAGCUCUCUGUACUUGGAUGAAGAUGGCGACAUGGCCCAUGAGUUCUAUGAAGAGACAAUUGUGACAAAAAAUGGACGUAAAAAAGCCAAGCUGAAAAGGAUUCACAAAAACCUAACAUCUCAGGGAAUUAUAAAGCUGGAGAUCCCUUGCAUCCAUGUGGAUUUCCCAGUUGUCCUCUGUGAAGCCUGAUGAUGUCUGAAGGGUGUCUCAGACUAGCCACUGUCAACUCCGUCCUGUGGUUUCCCCUACAGCUCAAAGCCUGAACCACCUUUUAAUAUAAUAUGAUCUCCUGAUAUAUUUGAUUCCCUUGUGUGGACAGGCUGAUGCAAUGUGAGUGAGCCCCACAUGUGAUCUGUUUUGGCUUGUGUAAAGUUAGACAGAAUAGAUCACCAAUGGAGAUCUAGAAGGAUACCAAGUUGGCAGAACCUACUCAGUUUACAGAACAUGGUUUGUCUGCAUGUAAGUGUGAAUGUGUGUGCAGACAUGGGAUGACAUGGGAAAGAGUCAUGAAUUUAUUGCUGCAGAUUGUUUUCUGGUAUGAUUCAACAAACUCUAGGAUUUUGAGCAGAAGGCAACCAGUUCUUCCCUGCGUCACGGUCAUAGCUGGAGCGGGAAAGCUCAAGUGCACACUUUGUUUUUUGACCAUGACUUGCUUUAUUAUGCAUGGAACAGGAUCUGCUUGGCAAUAGCCUAGGGAGUUGACAAUCAGUGGCCCACAAAAUCUCAAGUGGAUUUAUGUCAUUAUAACGCUGGAUGGACUGGCUUCAAUGACCUCAGAGCCACACAUGUACACAGCAGCAGUGAGUCUAGUAAGAAAUCCUGUUGGUUUGUUUGCUGCUUUGGCAUAAUAUGUUUCACUUUUAAUUUAUUAUAACUGUUUUUUAAUUACAAUAUCAAAUGCUCAA